AAACAACAAUUCCUCCGAUAAAACUGUGGACAAAAUGACCUAAAAGCUUGUUUACGUGUCCGCGUUUCCCUCACAGCCAAAAAAUCGCUGAAGACGAAGACGCAACGCGCACAGCAGGCAGCGCGUAUUGUGCAAGCAAUUGUUUAUCUACAAAACAGGUCAAGAUGAAUAUACACGUGAAUGCCAACACACUCAAGUACAUAAGUCUGCUAACAUUGACUUUACAGAAUGCAAUUCUGGGACUUAGCAUGCGUUAUGCUCGCACACGGCCCGGCGAAAUUUUCCUCAGCUCCACAGCCGUACUGAUGGCCGAGUUUGCCAAGCUGAUCACCUGCCUGGUGCUGGUCUUCAAUGAGGAGGGCAAGGAUGCGCAGAGAUUUGUGAGAUCGCUGCACAAGACAAUCAUUGCCAAUCCGCUUGACACACUGAAGGUGUGUGUGCCAUCGCUGGUGUAUAUUGUGCAGAACAAUUUGCUGUACGUGUCUGCGUCACAUUUGGACGCGGCAACGUAUCAGGUUACAUACCAGCUCAAGAUUCUCACCACGGCCAUGUUCGCUGUGGUCAUCCUACGCCGGAGACUGUUCAACACACAGUGGGGUGCACUGUUGCUGCUCGUGCUGGGCAUUGUCCUGGUCCAGCUGGCCCAGACCGAUGGCGGUGGCAGUGACGGCGCUGGCAGCAGUGGUGAUCCAACAGCAGCAACCACUUUGCCCACAGCAGAUGCGUUGCCCACACAGAAUCGCAUGUUGGGCUUGUGGGCGGCAUUGGGCGCCUGCUUUCUGUCCGGCUUUGCUGGCAUCUAUUUUGAGAAGAUACUGAAGGGUGCCGAGAUCUCGGUGUGGAUGCGCAACGUACAGCUCAGCCUAUUGAGCAUACCAUUUGGACUGAUCACGUGCUUUGUGAACGAUGCCAGUCGCAUCUACAAUAUGGGAUUCUUCCACGGCUACGAUGUGUUCGUUUGGUAUCUGGUGCUGCUCCAGGCAGGCGGUGGCCUCAUCGUGGCCGUUGUGGUCAAGUAUGCGGACAAUAUACUUAAAGGCUUUGCCACAUCGCUGGCGAUCAUCAUCUCCUGCAUUGCAUCCAUCUACAUAUUCAACUUUAAUCUCACGCUGCAGUUCAGUGCCGGCGCCAUGCUUGUCAUUGCCUCCAUAUUCCUUUACGGCUAUGAUCCGGCACGAUCCGCGGUUAAACCGACGACGUCGACGCACAUGGGACCAGGAUCUGGCGAUGCAGAGAAGCUACUGCCACGUGUAUGAGAUCAGCAUGUAAUCCAAUCAAUUGGCAAAUCAGCAAAACAGUUUGCCAACAGUAUUCAUUUCUCUUCGUUCUUUUUUUUUAAUUAUAUUGUCGUUCUUUUAUGGGGCAACUCCAAGCCCGUGUGAUUGAUCAUCUGUGUACUUCAACUACUAGAUAUUUGUACUGCUUUUGAUAUUGUACGAGGAAGCAUUAUGCAUUCCUGAUACCAUACACUUACAUUUAGUUCCAUCGAAUUGCAAUAGGCUCAAGCCUGUAUUAUGUAUUUACACAUUUACAUAGUUCUUAAUUGCCAGCGACAGCACACAAAUGAAAUGUAUGUCAUUGUCUUUAAAUAUUAAACAAAUAAGACCAAUUAAA